UAUAAACACAUGCAUAGGAAACUAGAUUUUCACAAAACAAACUCAUUACUUCUCCAUAAGAUCUCUACUAAACUUGUUUCUCUCAACUCAGAAAAAAAAAACAACGAUCAAUCAAAAUCAUGGCUUCAAUCAAUUGCAAAUCUUUCUUCACUUCUCUUAUGAUUCUUGUGGCACUUUUUGGAGUUGGAGUAGACGGAAAGGUUCACAAAGUCGGCGACUCGAGCGGAUGGACCAUGAUGGGUGUGGAUUACCAAGUUUGGGCAUCUUCAAGAACUUUUCAAGUAGGAGACUCACUGGUCUUCGAAUACAACAACGAGUUCCACGACGUCACUGAAGUCACACCCCACGACUUUGAGUUAUGCUAUUCGUCUAAUCCGUUAGCGAGAUACCAAACUGGAUCAGACACGGUAACUCUAACCAAACCUGGAUUCCAACACUUCAUAUGCGGAGUUCCUGGUCACUGCGACAUCGGACAAAAGCUCGACAUCCUAGUCUUCCCGGCCUCGUUGGGUCCAGUGGCUGCUCCAGUUCCGGGGCCAGUCAGAUCACCAAUAUCUUCUAUGUCUCCUUCACCUUCUCCCUUGGCUGAUUCACCACCAAGAUCUUCUAUGUCUCCUUCACCUUCUCCCUUGGCUGAUUUCACAAACUAAUGCUCCACAGUUUCAGAUGGGACCAUCACCUCUUUGAAACGCUAUCUUGGUUUCAGCUUGUUAUUGCAAUUUUGUUGAAACUUUUAUUGUUUUUUUUAUUUUUACCAUUGUAAUUCCUUUUUUCCACCCAAUUUGUUAAUACAAUUUGAUUUUUUU